ACAACCUUUAAAACCACUAUCAGCCUGUGAAUCUUUUUUGUUAGCGGAGUUAUGGAUGUAUGUGGGUGACAGCGACUCACAGAGUCGCCAUUUCCUCCAUGAACCUUCAGCUGCCCUCACAUUCCUCCUCAACAGAGUUCAGGGUCUGCAGAGCUUGGACACCAGAGUGUUUCAACAAUGGGACACAUUCAGAGGACGAAGACUCUUCUGAAGUGUCUCCUUGGCAUUCCUGUCACGCUCUGUGUUUUAUACUUAAUAUCUCCAUCUAUGAGGCUUUUAAUAGGCCUCCUGCCGAUGGACAAAUGCUCCUUGGAAAGUACAAAGAUGCUGAGUCUGGACUGCAGUGUGGACGCCACCCUCGAUCUUUGGUCCAGACCUGAUGUGCAAACUUGUACAUCCUGGAAUGCUCCCAUCAUCUGGGAAGGGAUGUUUGACCCUGACCUUUACGACCAAGCGCACAAGAUGAAAGGAUCCUCUGUGGCUCUCACAGUGUUUGCUGUUGGCAGGUACCUGGAUGUGUACCUGGCGACCUUCCUGAACUCCGCAGAGGAGCACUUCAUGUUGGGUUUGCCUGUGACAUAUUAUGUCUUUACGGAUGUGCCAGAGAAGGUGCCGGACAUCAAGCUCGCUCCUCAGCGAAGCAUAAAGGUUUUCAAAGUGGAGAAGAACUCCAGGUGGCAGGACAUCUCUAUGAUGCGAAUGAAGACCAUAUCAGAUGUCAUAGAGUCAGACAUUCGUCACAGCUGCACACACGUCUUCUGCUUUGACGUGGAUCAGGUGUUCACAGGGAGAUUUGGCUCAGAGGCUCUGGGCGAGUCUGUGGCCCUGCUCCACGCCCAUUACUACCACCUCCCACAGAUGCUGUUUACGUACGACCGCAACCCAAAGUCCAAGGCGUUCAUGCAAAGUGGGGACUUCUACUACCAUGCUGCCAUCUUCGGAGGCUCGUGGAAGAGUGUAAAAGCACUGACUGAGGCCUGCUACCAGAGCAUCAUGGAGGACAAGCAGAACAAUGUGGAGGCUCUGUGGCACGAUGAGAGUCACCUCAACAAGUACAUGUGGCUUCACAAACCAAGCAGGGUGCUCUCUCCGGAGUACUGCUGGGACACCAGCAUCGGCUACAGGAGUGACAUACGAGUCAAUCGACUACUUUGGGCGCUGAAACAUUACGACACACUUCGCACACCUUAGUGUGUUUAGUAUUCAGUGUGUAAAAUCCCCUCCUGUGUUUUACAAAUGGCAUGAAAACUAUUUGACAAACACUGCGCCCAUGUACAAGACUGUUGCUGCAGCGGCCUGGGUUCGAUUCCAGCCAGUGGCCCUUUGCUGCAUGUCAUUCCCUCUCUCGCUCUCUCUCCGCUACACGCUUAGCUUAGCUAAAGACAUUUACAUUAGAUUACAUCACAUAAUAUAUAUUUAUUGUCACUCAGAAAUGAGGGUUAAAUGAACCAAAUAACCCACAACUACAGUGAAGAUAAUGGCUUCCUUUUUUUUUUUUUUAAUGUCAUGCAGGAUGCAGACAGUUUCAUUUCGUCUUCUGAAGAAGACAUUAAAAUAAAAACCACACAUCUGUCUGUUUAUUGAGAUAUAGGACCUGAAACAAGACAAGCUGUUGCAACUGAUUUUCAUUCUGAACUCUGUAAAACUUGAGUAGAAGCCAGAAGUUUUGAAUUGAAUUUGAACUGAUUGCAGUGACAGAUCACUGGAGUUUUCUCAAUAGUGAAUGUUGAAAUUUUGUUUACUUGGCAUUUCACACUGGGUUUACCAGUUUUGUUCAUUCAUGUAUUUAUAUAUUUGUAUAAUGUUUAUUGUGUUUCACUCAGGACAUUUAAAAUGAACUGCUAUGGCUGAUGAUGACUGACCGUUUAUACAUUUAUACUGUUGGAGUAAGAUGCAUGAGUGCAAAUGCGUUUUGUAGUUGUAACCUUGCAAACUAUGUGUGCAGGCUUUCCAGAGCUUGCUGGUAAACAAGUAGUUUUAAGCAGAUGUAUAGGUGGCAUUCUUCCAAACAGGCUGGGUCACAUUUACUGCUGUAUGAGCUGCUUUUCUGCAGGGACAAUACUUGUAUUUGUUUUUUAAGGAAUUAUUUCAAAGACGUUUUGUAAGACUUUUGUUAAGGAGAAAUAUAAUAUCCCAAAGCACCUUGUCCCAGACAUGUCUCUGUCUUUCUGUCUUUCUUUUAGAGAAACAAAAAAUGCAUUUAAUAGUUACUUAAUUUAUAUAAUGCUAAAUGCUGUAUGUAACUCUGGAGAACGUCAUCAAAUAUCAAUGUUUUGGUUGGUCCGAUUACCCAAUCCAAAGUGUUGGUAUUUGAGGACCUGAAAGUGAGACUUGACAAUAAACUAUCUUUCUCCAGAGGUACAAACAGCACCUUUGAGAGUACAGUGAGUUCUUAACAUUUACAUCAAGGUCCAUAUAACUGUUCUACAUCUUUGCAGCCUGUUGCAGGUGGUCUGACUUCAUCAAAAGGUAUUGCUGAAAGCUCCUUUUGCGUUGUGCAACAAGUUGCCCUGGCUGCACUCUAGAGACACUGGUGAAACAACAAUAAUGAAGAUGAUUUAGUUUGGUCAGUAUUUCUGGUGCUGUUUAUUUGAAUAGUUUGUAAUUAAGCCACUUCGGUUCUCUAAAAUGUCCAAGCUUUGGAGUAGCAGUGUUGGCUAUAUGUUUGAGUACUUAAAGGACCCAAAUCUGGCACUGUUCUUACACAUUAUACUAAAUGUUUUAAUAUUGUGUAUGCAUUAUAGUUUGAAAUGGGGGUAAAAUUUGAGAUGUAGCAACUGUCUAUUCAGAUGUCUCAGUGUGUUAGAUCUUUGAAAAUCAAAAGAAAAUUAUAUGCAACUGCUUUGAUAAACAA